AUGUCCUCCUCAUCCUUUUCAGUGUUGGAGACAGAGAUCUUCGAGUACAUUGAUGUACAUCAAAGCGAUUUCAUUGAGCAUCUGAAGGAAUGGGUGGCUGUGGAAAGCGAUUCUGUUCAGCCAGAGCUGAGGAGAGAAGUGAUACGGAUGGUGGCGCUGGCAGCGGACAGACUUGCAGCGCUGGGAGCCUCUGUCACCUUGGUGAACCUGGGCUCACAUCAGCUGCCUGAUGGCCAGGACCUCCCAUUGCCUCCUGUGAUUCUUGGGGAACUGAGGAAGGAUGCACAGAACCCCACUGUAUGUUUCUAUGGCCAUGUGGAUGUGCAGCCUGCCAAAAAGGAAGAUGGCUGGAAAACUGAUCCUUACACCUUGACUGAAAUCGAUGGAAAUCUCUAUGGGCGUGGUGCAACAGAUAAUAAAGGACCUGUCCUAGCUUGGAUAAAUGCAGUGGAAACAUUUAGAGCCUUGAAGUUAGCUAUGCCAGUGAACUUCAAGUUUGUCAUAGAAGGCAUGGAAGAAGCAGGGUCCUUGGGGCUGGAGAAGUUACUUGAAGAAGAAAAGCAGAGGUUUUUCUCUGAUGUGGACUGUGUUGUGAUCUCGGACAGCCUCUGGCUGAGCAGCAGGAAGCCUGCCCUCACCUACGGGAGCCGGGGGAGCGCCUGCUUCACUGUGCAGGUUGAAUGUGGUGAGAAGGACCUUCACUCUGGAACCUUUGGAGGCAUCAUUCAUGAGCCGAUGACGGACCUGAUAGCUCUGCUGGACAGCCUUGUGGAUGCUGCAGGUCGUAUUCAGAUCCCUGGAAUCUAUGACAGUGUUGCUCCCCUGACAGAGGAGGAGAGGAAAUUGUAUGAAUCGAUUGAAUUUGAUCUAGAGGAACAUAAAAAUAAUAGUGGCGUGAAAAAAUUCCUCUAUGGCACCAAGGAAGAAAUACUUCUACACCUGUGGCGUUGCCCUUCUCUCUCUAUUCAUGGGAUUGAAGGAGCUUUUCAUGAACCAGGAAUUAAAACAGUCAUUCCAGCAAAAGUCAUUGGCAAAUUCUCAAUCCGUCAGGUGCCCCACAUGGACCUCUCAGUUGUGAAACAACAGGUGGUGGAGCACUUGGAGGGUGUCUUCUCCAAAAGGAACAGUCCAAACAAACUGAAAGUGUCUAUGCCUUUGAGUGCAAAGCCCUGGCUCGCUGAUGUUAAUGAUCCACCCUAUAAGGCAGCAAGGAGGGCAAUAAAAACAGUUUUUGGAGAAGAUCCAGAUUUUAUUCGGGAUGGUUCCACAGUUCCUGUUGCCAGGAUGUUUCAGACUAUAACACAGAGAAGUGUGAUGAUGUUUCCAAUUGGAGCAGCUGACGAUGGGGAGCACUCCCAGAAUGAGAAAAUAAGCAGACACAACUACAUUGAAGGAACCAAAGUGUUUGCAGCCUUUUUCCUGGAGAUAUCAAACCUACAUCGGCACUUACACGGAGCUUCCAACACAGAGACUAACAAUUGA